AUGCACGGCGCUGGAGGUCUUGGGAAUCGUUUGCGUGGCGCUGUUAACUCGAGUGGUCGCAAGCUCGCCAGCAACAAACUUAAGAAGUUGGCGCUCGACAAGGGCAAGCGACCUGCUGACGAUCCCGAAGGCAACGAAAAGUUGCCUGCUCUCCCUGGCGAGCCCGUGCAUGAGGAGGAAAGCAACAGCGAUGGCGAGUGCGAGCCUGCUGCUCCUAGCAACCGCGGUGGCCACGAUGGGGAAGCAGCUCCUCUUGGGGUUCAGAUCAAUGCGGACGACUUCAGCGAUCAUGAGGACGAGGAAGAACUUCUUAGGGGCAACCACAACAAUGGAAACCAGCGUCCAGAUGCGGCAGAAUCUGCUACUAAUGACGAUGGUGCGUUUACCUUUGAUUCAGGCGAAGGCCGCCAGGACACGCUCAAUAACGUUACCAACCGUGGUCAGGACGCUGCUGCAAAAGCCCGUCAGGUGGAGAGCCCGCUGGACGGUGUUCAUCGGGCGGCGCCGAAGGAGCCUAGUGUCUCGAGUGCGGAAGAUCGUGUGGCAGAUUUGGAGCGCACCACGCAGCAGCAGUCGGUGCUGAUUUCUUCGCUCUUGCGCCAGAUUGGCGAUGAGCGUGGCUCCACGGCGGAAAAGGGCGAAACAAGGCGUGGCGCCCCAUCCGAACGCGAGGUGGUCGAACGCACGCCGGCGAAUCAACCGGCAGCAGCGCGCAGUGAUGGUCAGAAGCGCAAGCGGGAUUACCCGACUUUCGCGGAUCCGGGCGGUCCUGCCAUUCGAGCAGUGAUGAUGUACUGCGUCGCUCGUGCCGGGUCUGCAAAGCGCAAGGGCAACGAUUGGCGUGCAAAAAUCUCCAUGGCUGCGCGUCGCAUGUUUGCGGAAGCUUUCGGCCUCGUUUGUGAGGCGAAUCCUCGCCUCAAGUUUGAUUACAGUGAACUUGUGUGCGAGGAAGAGCGCACCCCCACCCAGGUGUACAACCUGGAAGGUGUUACGCCACUUGCCACUGUCCCCAAUCUUCUCCCCGCUUUCGUUGUCCCCUCCAUCCAUGCUUCUCUCUCCCGAUCUCUUUCAGCUACUUCUAGGCUUUUCGUGGGACAUGUGGUUAUACCUUCAGCAGCUGAUCUUAUGCAUUUAAGGGGUGGCCUUCUUCGUUGGCACUUCUCGGAGGAGCUGAACCGCCCUUUCGCUACCGCACUGUUCGAUCUCAUCAUUCGCAACGCGUUCCAGAAGGGUGAUGGUGGGGCGGUAACGGUGGUGAAGGCGUACCACAUCGCCUACACCCUCUACCUGGUGGAGUAUUCCGUGGUGCUUCAUAAGGCACGCGGAAAGCGCAUUCCCACAGAUGCCUGUGUGAAUGCGGACGACAUUGCCCGCUACCACCGCAAGGUGAAGGCAGCAAUCCGCCACACUCUUGAGCAGGCCCCCAACAACGAGCUCCCCGCCUGGUCCGAGCAGCACCAGGGAUGGGUGUUUGGGCCCACUGAGACCGUGGUCAUCUCGGGGAGUGGGUUCUCGGACCUCACCCCAGUUGGAGCUGACCCCGAUGGCAAGGAAAAGGCCGCUGUCAAGCGCCUCUAUAAGUUCUCCCAGGUGGAAGUGCAGAAGGGGAAAAAGAAGAAGACGUGCUCCAACGAAAGUGCUGCCACUAUGGAGCGCGAUGUCCUUGAUGACGUGGGUGAGUGGGAGGAUGCCGAAGACAGUGUGUAG